AUUAGCAAUCUAGCCCGCACAACUCCCGUCUCCUGCUCCGGCUCCCACAGCGUCGAACCAUGUUUGGCUGCAUCGUUGCCGGCCGUCUGGUCCAGACCAACCUUCAGCAAGUCGAUCAGUUCAAGUACGUUCUUGCGCUCCAGGAUGCACAAUCCAUCAACCACAUAGUUAUCUUCAUGACAGGACAGCAGGCCUUUCCAGCUGGAUAUGCGGCCACAGUCCACCUGUUUUGGCCGUCCGAAACCCAUCCACAUUGGCAGUUGCUUGGAAUGAUCAGCAACGAGAAGCCCUCCGCCAUCUUCAAACUGGGUGGGCAGAAAACGACCUCGUCAUUUUCGUCCGCCAACGGCGUUCCGACUGCGGUCGAUGCACCGGGCGAUGUCAUGAUGGAUGCCAGCGGCCCGCACACCCAGAUGCAGUCGAUGGAUACAAUCGCAGCCCCAUCCUCGAUCACCGCUCAGCUCGGAAUCUCAAUCGAGCCGAUAGCGCAAGUCCAGGCCCAGAUUCAGACGCUGCAGCUAGGAUCCCACUCGGUGUCGAUGACUGGAGUCACCACAAAUGCAGGCUCUGUUGAGGUCGCGGGGAUUGCCGCCAAGUUGCUCGAUCAUUUCUACAACUACUGCAGUUCGUUCACUACCAACCUUCCGUCUGGAGCCAGCGUUGUGUUUUCGGGAGGAUGGAGUUCGUCCUAUAUCCCGUUCAAGACGGUUCAAGACUGGUACAACAACGUCCAGAACAAGCUCAAAUCCGAUGCCACGGCCGGCUUCCUUAAUAAUUGAUGGCCAUGGGCACAGGCCAUGUGUCGACUUUCAGAAGUCGGUCGCUGCGGUAGCACCCAAGAAACAAAAACGACUAAUCGGAACACCCUGCGUCUUCAGCCCAUGGCCGCCUGUUCUCGAUCUUUACACUUUAUUCAGGGGGAUUCAGGACACAAUCCCUAUCCCGCAUGUCUGCGUAUUAUGUGAUGGCUUGCGUCCAGCUAAGCCAUAUGCAAUAAAACAGAUCACCUCGGCAUCGUUCGAGUCAAGUCCGUGGGUUGCUCUGGGAGCGCUCCAACACACGGA